GCUUGUUUGAGACUGACUUUACUUUUGUUAACUGCAUUAGAGAGCAGUUUCCGGUGUGAUACCAAACCUCGAUCUGGUCGGCCAUUUUUUUGGGUACUGUGACGUACGAAAGUUUUCGGAAAGAAUACGUGCUGUUUGACCAUGCCCAACGAGCUAGAGCGCGGAGUGGUGGUUCCACGCAACUUCCGACUGCUAGAAGAAUUGGAACAAGGCCAGAAAGGUGUUAGUGAUGGCACCAUUAGCUGGGGGCUUGAGGAUGAUUGCGACAUGACACUGACUCACUGGACUGGCAUGAUCAUUGGCCCACCGAGGACCCCAUAUGAGAACCGGAUCUACAGCCUGCGUGUGGAAUGUGGAUCCCAGUAUCCAGAUGAACCGCCUUGUGUCAAGUUCAUUUCUAAGAUCAAGAUGGUUGGCAUCAGUGAGAGCAAUGGUGGUGUGGAGAAGCGCAGCCUGAGUGUGCUCAACCGCUGGCAGAGGAACUACUCCAUCAAGACGGUGCUGCAGGAGUUGAGGCGUGCCAUGACCCUCAAGGAGAACCAGAGGAUGGCCCAGCCACCUGAAGGAUCCACCUUUUGAGAGAGUGGUGCUCUCCUCUUCUGUACUGGGCUGCUGCUGCCACCACUACCACCACCGCUCUGUCUCUGUGUCUCAUUUUGGCCUUCUCUCCGUGUCCUUCGUUUGAUUUCCUUAAAGCUGUAAACAUGGCAGUUUGCUCCCCUUAAAUUUUUUGUUUAUGAAGCUGCUUGUCUCUUAAACCUUCCCCACCUUUCUCCUCACCUGCUUUUAGUGAGCACACAUACUGUUCUUAACUGGAGGAGAUAACCACAUCUGCGGCCACAGCUAAAAUCCUUCUGUUCUUUCCUCCCAGAUAUCUGCUCUUGAUUGUACAUUUGUGUUACAUGCACAGUUUUCUGUUUUCUUCCUUAAGUGACACUUAAAAUUCUUUUGUAACCUCACCUUUAAAGCAAAAAUGACAAGGUUUGCCCUUUUCUCAAUAAGCAACACAGCCUGAGAACAUUGGGACUUUAGAGGAGUGUGCUGCCGUGUUUGCAAUAGAGACCAGUCUUGUCUUCAAACUUGCAAACUGAAAUAUGCAGGCAAGGAAAUAAAGAAAGAGCAGGCUAUUUUGAAGUGGUGAACAUCCUUCACAUAUGUUUUACACUAUUUCUUUUUUGCAUUGGGGGCUGGCCAUGAACUUGCCCUGUACCCGUAAGCUUCCUUCCUUCCCAAGUGCAUGAAGGGAGCUCAGUGUAGGAAAUGGUAGUGGAACACAAGAUCCUCAUCUGGCAGGUUGACAUCCAUAAAAUGUUGGAUAUCUCAGCCUUGAGCAUUACUGAAUGAAGCAAUCUACGCGUUUGAUAAGGAAAGCCUUUUGACCAGUGUUUUGCUACAGUGCUGUAUUCUCUGCCCGAGUUUGGCAGGGCAUUUUGUGCAUGUGCAAGAUGUGUGUUGGUCUUAACUGCUGAUCUGCACAAAAACACAUGUAGAAGAGUCGCAGUGAAGGUAGUGUGCACAUGGUGUGCCUUGAGUUGUGUGCCAACUGUGGCCAUAAGUACGAUGUUUGUCAGUAGCAUUCACGAAAUGGUAAAUUCCCUGAAGCUUUGGUUCAGAUGAGCUUUUCACACUGGCUUUGACACACAUUGGAGACAGAGUAACUUGCCAGUGAAUUGUGUUUCAUUGUACUUCUGAUAUAUAAUUUAUUUUCACUAAAUGGAGUUCUGCAGAAGUCCAUGAAGUGGAAGUAGAUUGAGAAAGGAAAAUAUGCCUGCCACCUGACUUAAACAGAGUGCUACAAAAGGAACCAGCUUGGUUUCCUGUAAAGCAAACACUGUAGUUGACAAAAAUCAGCCUGGGAUGUGAAUUCUGCCUGGGGCCACCACAUCAGAGCAGCUCCUCCACUUUUCAGAUUCUGUAGAACUUAUUUGGUUAAUAUAACACUUCAAUCUUCCAGUGUUGAUUGAUCUGGCUUAGCACUACCAUCUGCUAGCCUUCUGGAUAGCUCAGUUGGCAGAGUGACUGCACCGCCCUGGCAAUGGUCCUGGGUGUGAUUCCCGGAUGAGGAUCAAUAUUGUUCAACUACCAAAUUUGGUUUUCAAGAAACUAAGCUGGUUUAAACUUGUAGCAUUCUGCUACAGUCGGAUGGAAGGUAAUUUAUUUUGUGACUACUGCACAUAGCACUAAGUAAACUUAAUUUCAGUGCAAUGUGACAUAUUAUCAUUUUCUCCUUUUACUUCUUUGUGCCUGUUGUGGGUGUUGUAAAUUUUCUGGGCUGACUGAGAUUUUGUUAAUGUGUGUAGGUGCAGUGCACACUGCAUCAAGGUUUUUUUGUUAUGUAGCUGCCAAGGAAAUUGGGAAUGAAAGCUAGUUACCUUAUUUUUGUCUCGGUAUUGCCUGCAGUCAUGUGUCAGUAUGAUAGGUAAUUGCACAUGUAAUGUUAAAUAAUUUUUUUUUUUGUUUUUGUGUGUGUGUUAAAAGGGUCCUGCAACACCUUUUCUUCAAAAUUGAAAACACGUCCGAGUGAGUGCGAUGCCUUUCAUGAAUAUAUCCCAACAAUUUUUUUGAAGUACCUAAUAAUAAAAGAGAUAUAAAGAGCGUAGUGUUUGCUUUCCUCAUUCCUCCUUGACAUGUUUCCGCUGAACUCGACUGGCAUCGAUAAGAAUGCCCUGCCUUUCCUACAUUUCUUUUUUCUAUGGUGCACUUAUGGUAACCUUUCAAGGUGGUGUCCGACAAAGGUGCCAGGUAGCUACAAUGGAGUGUCAACAUCAUGGGCGGGACUCAUUUACAACCACUGCUUCAAUGUUUGCUUAAAAAUUGGAGGGGUGUGCACGCAUGUGCAAGCUUUCGCUCGGGAGCAACUCGUGAUCAAGAACGAUUGCUCAAUGCCUGGCAUCUAUGGGCUGUCGCGCGGGUCUAUGACAUCAUGUGGAGCAUAAUAGAGGGCGACCUCAAAAGCCGCAGAAGAGAGCAAUCUUUUAUACCAAAUUGUGGGCUCCCUGCUACAUGCAGCGAAUAAAUAUUUGGCUCGCAUGUUCAUAGCAGCAUUGCCUACAGAUCACUAAAAUUUUCUUAGCAGUUAAAAAAGUGUUGCAGUGCCCCUUUAACAUUAGGAGAGGAAGAAAUGCCUGUGAAGUUUGUGUACUCUGAGGGAGUGACAUAAUAAAGUGUUUUUGAUUGCUUCAAA